UGGUGAAAGCGCGCAGUGCCUGUCCACUGUCCACGUCAGUUGCAGUGCGAACGCGCGACGUAACCUAGAAGUAACAGUUUGUCCGAAGCUCAGCGGUGGUUGAUGAACGAGACGUUCACGCAGAUGACAAGUCACUUGAACAUUCCAUAGCAUAAAUAAGUGUAGCAAAAUGCAUUGGACGUUGUGCGCAUUGAUCAUUGGCUCGUUCGGCUGCAAAUACAUACACGCCCAGGCGCAAAGAGUCGCGCCCGGUGUGCCGCCUCAGCAUUAUCAGCAGCCUCCAGUUCAAGUACCGCAACAUGCACAGCAUUUACCGCAACAGCAACAAUAUCAACAAGUGCCGAUGCAGCAGCAGCAGCAAAUGCCAAUGCAACAGCAGCAGGUGCCGAUGCAGCAUCAAGUCCCUGUUCAGCAGAUGCCGGUGCAGCAACAAGUUCCUGUCCAGCAGGCGCCGGCGCAGCAAGUACCUAUGCAGCAAGUGCCUGUUCAACAACAACAACAUCAUGUUCCACAAGGGCAUGGGCAUGAUCAUGGACAACCUCCUCAGAUACUCAAUGCUGCCAAUAUAGCACAUGAGAAAGAACAUAUCGCGGAGCAUGCGGAUGUUCCGAUAGACACCAGCAAGAUGUCAGAUCAGGAGUUGCAGUUCCACUAUUUCAAAAUGCACGACGCGGACAAUAACAAUAAGCUAGACGGUUGCGAGCUGAUCAAGUCUCUUAUACACUGGCACGAGCAAGGCAACACCGAAUCUGGCGGUACUCAGAGUGACAAGUUAUUUAAGGAUGAGGAAUUGGUGCAAUUGAUAGAUCCGAUACUUGGCAUGGACGACGCCAACAAUGACGGCUACAUCGAUUAUCCCGAAUUUAUUCGAGCUCAACAGAAUGCCGCAGCUAGCGCGCGUCCAUAAUGACGAACGGUAACUCGGCGUGAAUUGUAAUUGUUAAGCGGGGGUUUGUAAAAAGGAUUCGGGAUUAUUGAUUUCUUGGAUGUUUCACGAUGUUCGUUUGUCGCGCGAGGUAUCGACAUUCUUUACGCUACGUGUAUCGUAUCAAAUUAAGUUUUGUUGGUGUUUUGUGAUAACUCAUUUUCUUCAUCGAUUCAAUCACGUAUAAAAGAAAAACCUUGUCUUUAGCAUUUUACACGUUAUCGGUAUAUAAUACGUUAAGCGAAAACAUUCUAAUUAAAAAGACAAUUUAGGGGAAUCUUCUGGAUUAUUUCUAAAUGUUUCACGAGAUUAAUUUUACAAAGAAAGAGUUUACUGUGCAUCGUUGCUCUCUCUCUCUCUCUCUUUCCCUCCGUCCGAGAAUGGAGAGAAUUGGAGAGUUGUCAUAUUCUCGUGUUAUCAAACUCUGUUUUUGAUACACACACCGGCAAACUGUAUUUUUAAAUGAGAAUAUUUUAUAGAAAGUCUCGUGUUCUGUUAAUAAAUAAAAUGGUCAUUUAUUA